AUGCCACACCUAACGGACGGAGAAGUUCUGAUACUCCGCAAACGGAACCACGACAAGCCUUUAUACAUUAAAAAUCUAAAAUCUUACCUCUCAAAGCCGAAUCACCAUGUAAGUUCAAGUAGCUCGCGUCCAAUACGGACUAGAGGUAAUAGGAAAGCUGUUCUACACUACGGAAGACAUACAUACCACCUAGAUGAUGCAAGAUCUCUGUCUAAGAGGAACUCCAACCAUAAGUCAGUACAGUCACACAUCAAUUUAAAAGACAUUGUACCAACUAAAGCUUAUAAAAAUGACCAUGGUGAUUACGUUAAAGAUUUACUGAUACUAUCCGAACCGCCUAUCCAUUUCAAAUGUGAUAAACAUGGCAAAUGCGAUCAAGAUUAUAGGAAAUUCAGUAAGAUUACUAAGAAAGCUGAUUUAGAAUGGAAACAUAAACGCAUGCCUGUUGGACAUUCGAAACGGUUUAGGAUCGUAGAUAAUAAUAGAUCUAAGAAAAAACCUAAGGUAGAGAAAACAGAAAGGAAUUUUGAAGAAGACAAAAUUGAUAAGAAAAGACCUCCACCUAUAUUUAACAAGAAAAAAUUCGCUGCUCAAACUACUUCUGCAAGCGACGAAUCUAAUUCAAGUUCUGUAGAAGCUCAAUCUGAAUCACAAGCAAAAGAGAGUGGGAGUGAAGAGAGUGCUUCAAAAGAGAAAAGCCGAAGCGGAUCUGAGGAGGAAAGCGGGUCUGAAGAAGCGAGUGGGUCUCAAGAAAACAGCGGAUCAGGUGAACGUAGCGGUUCAGGCGAAGCUGAAGAAAACUCUUCAUCGACUGAUGAAAGUUGGGAGGUAGAAGAAGAAUUAUACGAAUCAAAAUCGAAAAGCAUAGAAGAAUCUAAAGAGAGUCAGAGACAGUCAUCUAAACACGCGAAAAAUGGAUCAGCCUCUUCUCAAUCUAACAGCGAAGACAGUGCCGCAGAGGAAGUAAGUAAAGAAGUCAAUAAAAAGAAGAAAAAGAGUAAUAAACCGCGGAAAAUGAAUAGGAAUAACGCUAUGCAGUCAAGGGAAGCUGGAGACGAUUUGAAUAGAAAACGGUUCACCAACAACGAUGUACUAUUACAGGGCAAUAAGCUUUAUUCAAGGACUGACAAGUUAGAUAGCAAACAUAGUGCUUCGAAGCGAAGAAGACUGGAACAGUUUAUGCCUAAACGAUACCACUGGGACGCCUCAGAGAUACAUGAUUUGGGCUAUUUCUGGUAUAAUGGACCUAGAGGCAUAUAUCCCGCUCCCAAAGCGUUGUCUGUUGCUUAGAAAUAAAGUUGGUUUUUAGUAGAA